AUGGCUGCUGUAGGAGCUAAAACAAAGGAAGCUGAAUAUCACCAUGGUGACUGCUCCAUUCGACUUUCAAAUCCAAACAUAGCAACAAUGAAAGAAGAUGUUUUAUACCAUUUCAGUCUCAGCACCAGUACACAUGAUUUCCCAGCUAUGUUUGGAGAUGUGAAGUUUGUGUGUGUUGGUGGAAGUGCCUCCCGGAUGAAAGACUUCACCAGCUAUGUGGCUCAGGAGCUGGGCCUUGAACGACCAGGUGUGGACUAUCCCAACAUCUGUGCUGGAACUGACCGCUUUGCCAUGUAUAAAGUAGGACCAGUGCUAAGUGUCAGUCAUGGCAUGGGCAUCCCUUCCAUCGCAAUCAUGCUACAUGAGCUCAUCAAGCUGCUGUACUACGCUAGGUGUUCCAAUGUCACCAUCAUCCGCAUUGGCACUUCUGGUGGCAUAGGUCUGGAGCCUGGGUCUGUGGUCAUCACCCAACAAGCAGUGGAUGCCUACUUCAAGCCUGAGUUUGAGCAGGUUGUCCUGGGAAAGCGGGUCGUUCGGAGCACACACCUUGAUGACCAGCUAGCACAGGAGCUGAUGCAGUGUUCCAAAGAGCUGGAUGAGUUCCCCACAGUCAUGGGGAACACCAUGUGCACCUCAGAUUUCUAUGAAGGGCAAGGCCGCCUGGAUGGUGCUUUCUGCUCGUACACAGAAGAGGACAAACAGGAGUAUUUGAGGGCAGCCCAUGCUGUGGGUAUUCGGAAUAUUGAGAUGGAAUCUUCAGUUUUUGCUGCCAUGUGUACUGCUUCUGGCCUCCGAGCGGCCGUGGUGUGUGUCACCCUCCUCAACCGAUUGGAUGGAGACCAGGUCAACAGCCCACAUGACGUGUAUGUGGAGUAUCAGAAGCGGCCACAGAGGCUGGUGGCCUAUUUCAUAAAGAAAUGCCUCAGGAAAAUGUGA